GGUACGUUCCGGCCCUGGUCCUCGCUGUUUUUGUAUCUGCUUUAGAGCGCAUUCAACCGCCAAGUAAGUUACGUUUUGCUAUGUCACGCCGAAGAAGUUUCAGACCAGUUUAUUUUUAGCAAACUUGAUUCGUGAGAACACUGAAACACAUGCUGCCGUGUACGCGAUCUGAAGCGAGUCUGCGUCGCGCUUUUUAAGGAGGAAUUUUAGGUAAUUUGUGAACCGUUAUUACUGUAAAGCUAACCGUGAAGUGAAGCCAGGAGCCUCAUGUUUUCGUUAAGCCAAGAGGAGCACUGCGCCCCAUCCAUAGACCUAGUGAAAUACGGAGAGCUGGUGGUUCUGGGGUACAAUGGCUCCCUGCCCAACGGAGAUCGCGGUAGACGGAAAAGCAGAUUUGCUCUAUACAAGAGAAUCAAACCCAAUGGUGUAUCACCAAGCACUGUGCACGUCCUCAACACACCCCAGGCCACCAAGGCUGUGAGCUGUAAAGGUCAGCACAGUAUCUCCUACACGCUAUCGAGGAACCACACCGUAGUGGUAGAGUACAGCCAUGAUAAAGACACAGAUAUGUUUCAGAUUGGGCGUUCUACUGAGAGUCCCAUAGACUUUGUAGUGACUGAUACAAUAGCAGGGGGUCAGGAGGGUGAAGAGACUCUUAUCACGCAGAGUACCAUCUCUCGUUUUGCCUGCCGAAUUGUCUGCGAACGCACCCCGCCCUACACCGCUCGCAUCUAUGCAGCCGGAUUUGAUACGUCCAAAAACAUCUUCCUUGGGGAAAAAGCUGCAAAAUGGAAAAACCCUGAUGGUCACAUGGACGGCUUAACAACCAAUGGUGUGCUGGUAAUGCACCCUAAGGGGGGAUUCACUGAGGAGUCCAAGCCCGGCGUGUGGAGAGAGAUCUCUGUUUGUGGGGAUGUUUACACGUUGAGAGAGACCCGCUCAGCACAGACCCCAGGCAAACUGGUGGAGAAUGAGAGCAAUAUUCUACAGGACGGCUCCCUGGUGGAUCUGUGUGGAGCAACGUUGCUGUGGCGUACUGCUGAAGGCCUCUUCCACACUCCCACGCAAAAGCACCUGGAGGCACUCAGGCAGGAGAUCAAUGCAGCGCGCCCCCAGUGCCCUGUGGGUCUCAAUACCCUCGCCUUCCCCAGCAUGCACCGGAGUCGUGCCCUUUCAUCUCUGGAAGACAAGCAGCCUUGGGUGUACUUGGCGUGCGGUCACGUGCACGGUUACCACAACUGGGGCCACCGUUCGGAGCAGGAGGCCAACACUGAGCGAGAGUGUCCCAUGUGCCGGGUGGUGGGGCCCUACGUGCCACUGUGGCUGGGCUGCGAGCCGGCCUUCUACGUGGACACAGGUGCACCCACAUACGCCUUCGUGCCAUGCGGACAUGUGUGUUCAGAGAAGUCGGUCAAGUACUGGUCAGAGAUCCCUCUGCCCCACGGCACUCACGCCUUCCACGCAGCCUGCCCCUUUUGCGCCACCCAACUUGGCCCAACUCAGGGCUAUUCCAAGCUAAUCUUCCAGGGUCCGGUGGACUGAGUUUAAGGGGUCUUGCUCUGGCAGAGGAGAUUAAACAGGAAUGCUGACAUGCAGUGAAAGAUUA